CCCAAGGAAAACUCUCUCACAACACUCAAAAACAACACAAUAUAUUAGCAAGGCACUCUCCACUAAGCCACAUAUUGAUACCUUUCAUCAUUGGCAAUGGCCUCUUUUUGGUUCCAUUUAGUACUAAUCAUGGCCUUCUCAGCCUUGCCUUCCCUUUCUCUUUCUUCUCAGCUCAAUUCUAAAGCCUCAACUCUCCCUUCUUCCCCUCCAAUGCUCUUCACAAACCCGCCUCCUUCUUUCCAAGAAUUGUCCCCGGAGAUCACCCCACUUUUGCCUUCACCCGGUGGUGUUGUGCCAACUCCAACCUCUUCCUCUGUUUCCACCAUUCCCUCCAAUCCGAGUCCUCCGAAUCCCGACGACUUCGCCGCGUUGGGGCCCGCAUUCUCGCCGUUCGGAUCAAUGCAGGCGGUUUCCACAGCACCAACUAGAGGCUUACUUAACUCUUCAUACUUGGCUGCUUUUGCUUGUUUAGCAGCAUAUGUAUGGCUUUGCGCAACUCCUUAAGAAUGUGAAUUAGGGGAUAAUAAAAGUCUCAAUUAUACUGUUUAGAUUCUACUUCCCAGUACUUCUUGGAGUUUGGUCAUUUCCCAUUCUUCACAGUCUAUGAGAUGUGUGGUACUUUUCUUUACCAUUUUCUCUCUUUUUGCUAGAAAUAUAAUGUAUGUAGUUAGUGCUCCAGAAGUUCCUCCAAUUCUACAAAAA